UUUAAAAUUGCAAUAACUCAAAAUUUUACAUCAUUGAAUGUUUUCUACUAGUUGUUGAAACAACGUUUAACACAGUGAAUCCCUAGAAUUAAGAAUGGGCGUGAAAGAUGAUCUUCAGUCUCGUCGUGGCAGAACCAAAUACACCACUGAACAGUUGUAUGCUUUGGAUAGGUCAUUUUGUUUGUCUCAGUAUCCGGACACCGCCACAAUGGAGGAGCUUGCUGACAUGUGUAGUGUUCCGACAGAUAAAAUAUCAACAUGGUUCCAGAACAGAAGAUCUAAGUUUAAACGUCAAUCUAAAGACUCCAAUGUUGCCUGGAUGAGGAAACACAUAUUCAACAGAGAUCCAGCAGUAAAAGAAAAUCAUGUUCUGUCACCACCAACAACAGAAAGUACCAAGUGUGCUCCUAAAUCAAAUUUGUCAUAUAUGCCAAGUGUGUCUUCUAGUUAUUCGUCUCCUCCAACACCGUUCUACCCGCCUGUAGGUCCAUAUGACAUGUUCAACGACAUCUUACGUGACAUCAGCUCUAUCUCUAACCAACCAACCAUGGGUUAUUCUACGCCAGUUCACCAAUUUGACAGUCAGACAACGCUAUCAGCAGAGUCAUCUCCAGACAUGAAACAAGUAAUAACAUCGCCAUUACAGUCUUCAACUCCACAGCAGUGUUCUGACCAGCAUUUACACUUCAGUCAACCUCAAGACAGGGUCUCGCCAGUCUAUAGUUCACCACCACAACACAUGUCGUCGCCAGACCAGGAAUACAUACUCAACUCAUCAUCAGAUAGUUCUUCAUGUAGUAUCCAGACAUCUCCGCCAUCAUAUCAUCACAGCGCUACACAACAUCAGACCUCACCACCAACUCAACAUCAUCCAGUGUUGAUUCAACGUCCGUACUACCUUCAUCAAGCGUAUCCAUGGCAAUACUUUCAGACCUCAGUAGCAGUAGCACAUCGUAUGUAUCGACGCUAAACGUCAAAUAUUGUGUGAUAGUGUCUUUGUGGUUUAUAACACUAGUGUACUAAACUUAUUGUUAUAGGUGACUUUCGAUGUGAACAUCUGUAAAUUAUGUUUGCAUUUGUAUAAAUAUCAAAAUGAUAGUGC